CGCAGAGUAGCGCUGUCAAGCUUCCUUCGACAAAAAUAGAAACCGCAUCGAUAUUGGGGCUCGCAAAAUGUCUAGCGCGAAGAUAAUAAAGAAUCCAGAAGUACCGGGGGUCGUUCGAUCUUUGGACGAAUAGGAUUCGUACAUGAGAUUAGAAUGCUUCUUACCUCCGCCCCCACCACCCCCACCUCCCAUAAUUUCAUCGACGAACGCCGUGUCGACGACUAGUGGUAUACAAAAUCAACAACAACGGGAACAACAAAAACCGACAGUAGAAACAACGAUAACGACAACGACGUUAACAACGGUUACAACGGAAACGAUAACGAGCUCGACAGCGGCAAAUCCGAAUACGAUACAAACGGCUCUUCCAAAUUUAGCGGUGCCAACUCCGUAUAUUCUGCACCCUACGAUGCAACCGCAAACACCGACACAACAACCUAUACCAUGGUGGAUUUCUACGGAGGCGGAUACCUCGGCAGACAUGUAUGCGCAAUGGUACGAUACGUCGUACAAAGCUGGACCAGCUGUUAAUACGGUCGUUCAAGUAUCGGCGGUCCAGCCAUCAUCAAAACCGAAGAAUAAGUAUUAUAAGCGUAAGAACGAGUUCAUCGAUCCUGCUCAAGAUGCAGAAAAAGUUGCCAGUGCCCAGAGGGAGUUGUCGGCGCUAAUGAAGCCGCUCAAGUGCGAUCUUUGCAACGCGGUGAUGAACUCCACCCUUCAAGCGAAAUUGCAUUACGACGGUAAGCCUCAUCAGAAGAAGGUUUCCAUGUUUUUGAAUCAAAGCGUGAAAAAACAGAAGUCGGAAGACGGUCAAGUCAGUAGUACGACCGAUUGGCAAAAUCGGUGCGACAUCUGUAAAACCUGGUUCUCGUCGCAAAUCGAAGCGUCACAACAUUACGCAGGGAAGAAACAUAUAAGAGCAGCCCAUGGGGGUCCUCGUUCGAGGCCGAAAAAGUCGCAGAAUCAAAAUCAGUACAACCACGUAGACUCGACCGGUCGAUACGGAAUAGGCAUGGCUUUUCAACAGGACGUGCAAGUGCCAGGAACAUCAGCCGUGGUAUCUGACGGUAACAUCAUGGUGUCACCGCAAGGAACCACGACUCCCAUUUACACACCCCCGGCAUAUCCCACUCCGCUUCGUUGCGAUCUCUGUGGUGUCUCCGCGAAUCGCCAGGAUCAACUAGAAACACACAAGCGUGGUGCCAGGCACAUGAGAAUGCUCAGACUCAACGGAUUACCCAUUCCUGAACUACUUUCUGAAAAUGAAAACGCUUCGAGUUCGUCAGGUCCCAUAGAUUAUUCCAUUUACAGAACACCCUCGGGUCAAUAUUAUUGCGCACCGUGUAAUCUGUCGCUGAACUCGGAGAGCACGUUCGCUCAGCACGUCGAGAGCAAAAAGCACAAAAAUCAAUCGAAUCCUAAAUCGCCAUUGAACGCCGCGGUGAUAUCGAAGAAAGCAAGAUUCAAGAAGAAAUAAAUUAACGUAGAGCGUAAUCGUUAUUUCCUCGUUUAGACCGUAUUUUUCCGUUCACGUUUGAUUUUUAAUUCGACAAAUAUCGACAAUCGUUAUAUGGAAGAAAUUCGAUGCGCGUCAUCGAUCUCCUUUUUAACGUGCAAAACGAACAUAACAAUAAACUUUUGACCUCUGGACGUAACAAAAGAGGAAGCGUUGAAAAGCCAA